AGACUUAGAUCUUACACAAGCCGGUUCUUUCUUCAUUCUGCCUGCAUUUGCUCGCCGGUACUGUGCUGCUAGCCUCUCACGGUUGGCGUUUUUUAUUUUUUUCCACCCCCCCACUCAGUGAAUCGCCGCUUUUUGGAAAUGAGUGGGGACCAUUCCCACGAGGACCAGAUUGACUGUGGCUCUCGUGUCAACGACCCCCACAAGCAUAAAGAUAAAUAUAAAGAACACAAAAAGGACCACAAGAAGGAUAAGGAACGAGAAAAAAUAAAGCAUGGCAAUGGUGACCACUCAUCUGACAAAAAACACAGAGACAAAGAUAAGGAAAGGAGCAAGCACAAAGAUGGCAGCACAGACAAAUACAAGGACAAGCACAAGGAGAAGAAGAUAAAGGUCCUUGAUGUGAAAGUCAAAAAGGAGAAAGAAAAUGGUUUUGCCAGCCCACCACAUGUUAAAUGUGAGCCUGAGAAUGACUUUUACCACUCCCCUAAACACGAGAAGUCUCUAAAGAGAGAGCGCGAUGAUGACAACGAUUAUGACUUUAAGGCCAAAAAAGUAAAGAGAAAUGACAAGAAGGACAAGAAAAGGAAACCUACUGAGAAUGUUAAGUCUAAGAAGACAAAAGAUAAAAAAGGAGAAACAGCGGAUGGAAAAAAGAAAGCAAAAAAGGAACCAGAGGAGAAGUGGAAAUGGUGGGAAGAGGAGCGGUACACAGACGGCGUCAAAUGGAAAUUCCUGGAGCACAAAGGGCCGGUGUUCGCGCCACCUUAUGAACCCCUCCCUAACAAAGUCACCUUCUCCUAUGAUGGUAAGCCCAUGAAGCUCAGUCCAGAGGCAGAAGAGGUUGCCACGUUCUUUGCCAAAAUGCUCGACCAUGAGUACACUACAAAGGACAUUUUUCGCAAGAACUUUUUAAAAGAUUGGCGGAAAGAAAUGACCGCAGAGGAAAAGGCUAAGAUCACAGACUUAAAGAAGUGUGACUUCUCUGAGAUGUCUGACUACUUUAAGGCUCAGUCUGAAGCGAGGAAAGCAAUGUCCAAGGAGCAGAAACUGAAAAAUAAAGAGGAGAACGAGCGCAUGUUACAGGAGUAUGGUUUCUGCAUCAUGGAUAACCAUAGGGAACGCAUUGCAAAUUUCCGCAUUGAGCCCCCUGGUCUAUUCCGUGGUCGAGGGGACCAUCCGAAAAUGGGAAUGCUCAAACGGCGGAUCAGACCUAAAGAUAUUAUCAUCAACUGCAGCAAGGACUCCAAACACCCUCAGCCUCCACCUGGCACUAAAUGGAAAGAGGUUCGUCACGAUAACAAGGUGACUUGGCUGGUCUCAUGGACUGAGAACAUCCAAGGCUCCAUAAAGUACAUCAUGUUGAACCCCAGCUCGAGGAUCAAGGGAGAAAAAGACUGGCAGAAAUAUGAAACAGCCCGUAGACUAAAGAAAUGUGUGGAUCGCAUCCGUAACCAGUAUCGUGAGGACUGGAAGUCCAAGGAGAUGAGGAUUCGACAGAGGGCCGUGGCGCUCUACUUCAUUGAUAAGCUGGCUCUGAGAGCAGGUAAUGAGAAGGAGGAAGGCGAGACCGCGGAUACCGUGGGCUGCUGCUCACUGAGAGUUGAGCACCUCAAACUUUAUCCAGAGAAUGAUGGUCAAGAGUUUGUGGUGGAGUUUGAUUUCCUUGGUAAAGAUUCCAUCCGCUACUACAACAAAGUCCCUGUGGAGAAAAGGGUAUUUAAAAAUCUUCAGUUGUUCAUGGAGAACAAGGAGCCAGAUGACGACUUGUUUGACCGCCUAAAUACUUCAAUUCUCAACAAGCACCUCCAGGAGCUGAUGGACGGUCUUACUGCCAAAGUUUUCCGUACAUACAACGCCUCGAUUACCCUACAACAGCAGCUAAAAGAGCUCACUACCGCGGAUGAGAACGUUCCUGCCAAGAUCCUGUCCUACAACAGGGCCAACAGAGCUGUGGCCAUCCUGUGUAACCAUCAGAGGGCACCACCUAAGACAUUUGAGAAGUCAAUGCAGACCCUGCAAACCAAGAUCGAAGCGAAAAGGGACCAGCUGUCUGACGCUAAACGAGAGCUGAAGAGCUCCAAGGCAGACGCCAAAGUACGGAAAGACGAAAAGUCCAAAAAGGCUGUGGAGACCAAAAAGAAGGCGGUCCAGAGGAUAGAGGAGCAGCUGAUGAAGCUGGAAGUGCAGGCGACCGAUCGAGAGGAGAACAAGCAAAUUGCGCUCGGCACGUCCAAACUCAACUAUCUCGACCCUCGCAUCUCCGUGGCUUGGUGUAAGAAGUGGGGCAUUCCCAUCGAGAAGAUCUACAACAAAACCCAGCGUGAGAAGUUCGCCUGGGCCAUCGACAUGGCGGAUGAUGACUUUGAAUUUUAAAUCCCAGGUUGUGGUUUUAACUACUUUUUAUUCGGAUCCUUCUUUUUACUAUAAUGACGUUUUCUUGAUGGACACAGCUGAUGAGGAAUUGUCAGGUUUUAGCAGGGGAAAUAACGACAAAGAUGAGAUAAGGCCAUAAUCAAGCGUCAGGAGUGUGUUUGGGCAGUUUCAACAUCUGAUCUGAGAUCAGGCGUCACUGCUCUACUCCACCCACCACUGAGCAUGAAGGCAUAGUGCCAGUAAUUGGAUUACCAACCUCCUUCACCUUUCUCUCCUUCUGGAGACCAUGCCUGAACUUUGAACUCUGUGCUCCUACUGCUUCUGUAUUAAGCAAACAAAAAAAAAAGAAAAUGCUUUGUAUUAUUGUAUCUUCACUUGCUGUUAUUUUAGCGUCCCCUCAUUAUUAUUGUUAUUAUUAAUGAAUCUAUAUUUUGAUAGAUACACUUCAAUCAAAUCAAUUCCUUAAUACUACCACCCACAGGCCUUUGAGGACAAUGAGAAAUGCGUGUGUGUUUGUAAGAGUAUGUCUGUGUAUGCGUGAGAGGUCCCGACCAUAAAAGCAGUCUGUUUUGGGGUGAUUUUUAAGUUUGAAAUAGUUUAGCGUGUCUGGGAACUGGGCAAGCUUUAGGGGCGGGGUUGGAGAAAACACUGCAACCAUGUCAACAUUUACUUAAGCAAGCAGAAUGUGAAUAUAUGUUUUACAGCCUUUCUUCAGGGACUUCUUUUUCAGUGGAAAUGUGAACCAAUUAAAUUGACCCUGUCAGUUACAAGCCCCGCCCCCUAAAAGCUGUUGCUUAGUUGCAUUCAUUUGCCCCCUGGUACUUGAAGACAAUGUAUUUAAACACAUAAACAGAAAAGUGUGAGGGAUAUCAACUUUGCCAAAAAAAAAAAAAAAUCAUCUGUUACAAUUUGAGGUAGUUUUUAAUUGUGUAAAGAAUGAGGAUGAAGCAAUGUAACAUUUUAAUGUGAAUUCAUUUAAUUCCACUCUUAUGAUAGGAACGUUGAUGUAAGUAGCUGUAAAGUCAACAUCCUAUUCCUGUUUUACCUUUUAUGUCCUAGCAUUUGAUCAUGUUAAGUUUUAUGCUCAUUGUAGGUUAAGAAAAUGAAUAAAACCCUACAACGAAAA